GGACCACUGAAGUAGUGACGCUGCGAGUCGCUCGAACCUUGAAUCCUCAAAACAAUGCAAACCUUCGUUUGCUUCGGCGCAAAGCCCUUUUUGGCCCCGAUUCGAGUGAAAUCACAAUACAACAUCCUCAACCCGUCAAGUCCCGGUAACACACUCAGAACAGCAGAGCCGAUGGCUUCUCCCAAGUGGGCUCAGAAGACCGUUGUUCUUCCUCCCCAGAAGCGAGGCUGCCAUUUGGUCACCCCCAAGAUACUGAAGGAAAUUGAUCAGGAUUUGUUAGGAUUCAAAUGUGGCUUGGCACAUUUUUUCUUGCAGCAUACAAGUGCGUCCCUCACCAUAAAUGAGAAUUAUGACUCAGAUGUUCGGGAAGACACUGAGACGUUCCUCAACAAGAUAGUGCCAGAGGGGCGCUCUGCACCUUGGAAGCACACAAUGGAAGGCCCUGACGACAUGCCGGCACACAUCAAGUCUUCAAUGUUUGGCUGCAGUCUCACGGUUCCAAUAACUGAUGGGCAACUUAAUAUGGGAACUUGGCAGGGAAUAUGGCUGUGUGAGCAUCGGGACCAUGCUACUCCGCGCAGAAUUAUAGUUACUCUUAAUGGAGCAUAAGUGGGAAUAUGGCUGUGAGAAUCGGGACCAUGCUACUUGCACAGAAUUGUAGUUACUCUUAAUGGAGCAUAAAAUGGUAAAAUCUAUAUGUAGUCAUUUUUACUUUAGUUGUUUAUGUUUUACUUCAUAUGUGAAAAUAUAUUUUCAUUCUGGUUGUUAAGUAAAGAUCUAAUAUGUGGACGUAAAAAGAUGUUGGGUAGAAUAUCAAAAAUGGAAUCAAGGUAUGAUACUUUAUUUUGAUCUGAUA